AUGGAGGCCCUAGGGUACGAGGGGGAUGACAGGAUUGUGGGGAUACAGAAUGUGAUUGGGGUUGUUGAAGGGGAAGAAGAACCAGACAGGUAUGUAAUUUUGGGUAAUCAUCGUGAUGCAUGGACAUUUGGAGCUGUGGAUCCUAACAGUGGCACUGCUUCUUUGUUAGAGUUAGCACAGAGGCUAGGAAAGCUGCAAAAGAGAGGAUGGAGGCCUCGGCGAUCCAUUAUCUUAUGUAAUUGGGAUGCUGAAGAGUAUGGCUUGAUUGGAUCGACUGAAUGGGUUGAGGAGAACAGGGGGAUUUUAUCGUCAAGGGCUAUUGCUUACCUAAACGUAGAUUCUUCUGUAUAUGGUCCUGGUUUUCACGCAGAUGCAACCCCGCAACUUGAUGAAUUGCUCAAACAAGCAGCUAAACAGGUUCAAGACCCCGAUAACUCAUCUCAGACAUUGUAUGAAUCUUGGGCAGCAUCUAGUAGUUCUCCCUUGAUUGGCAGAUUAGGUGGCGGAUCAACAGAUUUUUCAGCUUUCCUUCAACAUGUUGGAAUUCCUUCACUCGACAUGUUCUUUGGAGGAGGAUACCCAGUUUAUCACUCCUUGUAUGAUGAUUUUGUAUGGAUGCAAAAAUUUGGGGAUCCAUUGUUUCAGAGGCAUGUAGCAGCGGCAAGUAUUUGGGGAUUAGUUGCUUUAAAGCUAGCAGAUGAGGAGUUCUUGCCUUUCGACUAUAUCAAUUAUGCUUUUGAGCUCCAGAAAAGUACGAAAAUCCUAGAAGAGGAGGACUUGAGAAUGCUUGUAAAUUUCAGUCCACUGUACAAGUCUAUUGAAGAGCUGAAAGAAGCAGCCACCAAAAUGAAUAACGAAAAAGAGGCACUACGAAGGAAAAGUUGGAGAUUGAACUGGAGGAAGGACCCGAUAAAAGUUAGAGAGCUUAACGAUAGGCUGAUGAUGGCAGAACGUGCAUUUACUGAUCGAGAGGGUCUCUUUAAAAGACCAUGGUACAAGCAUCUGAUAUAUGGACCGUCGCAGCACAAUGAUUAUGGAUCCAAGGCGUUUCCAGGAAUAGACGAUGCAAUUGUGAAAGCCAGGAGUGUGAACACCUCAGAAUCAUGGAAAUUUGUACAGCAUGAAGUAUGGAGAGCUGCCAGAGCUGUGAACCAAGCCUCAAUGGUUCUCAAUGGUGAACUCACAUAA